AGGUCCCUGCGAUGCUUUUCCUUGUACCUGCUCGUCUUCUGGCUGAUGUAGAGCAGUUCAAACCCUGGCACCAAGUUGAAGGAGCUCCGUUCCAGUACCCUGGGUGCUACGUCCCUGGUGAGAAGAUCAACAAUCAAGAUCCAGGGAACAUGUGGUUGCCCGAUCCCCACCCAUAUUCCGAUGGGCAGCCAUGGCCAAGCGUGAUCGUGUAAAGGAGCUGUAUCCUUCGUUCCCGUGUUGUAAUGUCUGAGAGUCCUUGUUGCAAUGGAUCAUGACGUGUCUCCUUCG